AUGGAAAACAAAUGUAUAAAGAUAUAUUAUCGAUCUUUAACUGUAAAAGGAAUCUCAGCACCAAAAGUUACACAUUUAACAUCACCAUCAAGUAAAUAUACAUCACCUACAACAACCAUUCCUCAAAAUUCACCAAUUCCUGAUGAAGUAUUACAAUCAAAACAAUUUUCAUCCAGUUUGGAUUCCGGACAACAACCUGAAAUCACCACAACGGUAACAACUUCAAAUACAUCAGUAACAGGAAAUGCUUCAUCAACAUUUUCCACAACCAAAACAACCAAAAGUAUUGUUCCAUCUCAAAGUCCAACAGUUGGUGUUGUAAGUCCAAUGAUGAAUCAUCGAGUUAUCAAAUUGCCACAAACAUCCAACAGUGGUAUUGCUGGUAUGCUUACUAAUCAAAUUUUAAUUUCCGAAAAUAUUAAUUAA